UGCAAGAUCACGGUUGGAGAUUCGCGUUUGUAUUAAUCUUUUGCGGACGUAAGACAUAAUGGCAGCGAGCUGUUCAAUUACGCUCGGAUUAGCGGUACACGAGGGGUUCCCCUUCUCCCCAAACCACGUCUCUCCUCGAGAAUCUGUACUCUCAGUGUCCCUUGCACGCUCUCCACCUCGUGUACACAAUCUACCAGGGCCUUUGAAACGCUAUAUAAAGUGACAAACUUGCUUGGUCGCGCUGUAUUACGGCGUUAAUACGGUAUCACGUUUCGCUCGGGUAAUAUCGAAUCGGGCCAUUUUUUUAACUUUUCACCGUCGCCCCGUCAACUCGGAUCGGACAACCACCCCGGAUCCCAUCUUCUCUCCAAGGGCGAGGACGAAUCGUGACCGACCGACCGACCGACCGACCGACUCACCGAUCGAUACUCCUCUUCUGGUCCCGCGUCAACCGAGCCAAGGAUGACUCGAUACACCACGUCAUUUACACGUUCCACGAACAUGAAACGAGUACUCUUAUUAUCAAUCUGUUCACUGAUGGGAUUUCUCCAGUUUGCCAACCCUCUACCUCGAAACGCGACCGAAUACGAAGAUAUGUCCUAUUGGCUAAAAUCUGGCCAAGAGAAUCUUCGAAGGAUCCUAGCUCAUCGUAAUAAUGAAAAUCGCGCGAAGAACAUUAUUAUUUUCAUCGGUGACGGGAUGGGAAUUUCUACGAUCACGGCUGGUCGAAUCUACAAAGGCCAAAUCAAGGGUAACACCGGCGAAGAAUACAAAUUGGCGUUCGAAAUGUUUCCCAACGCUGGAUUCGCCAAGACUUACAACACGGACAAGCAAGUUCCCGAUUCGGCUGGAACAGCUACCGCGAUAUUUUCCGGCGUGAAAUGUCGUUACAAGGUUAUCGGCUUGGACACGAGAUCUUCGUUCAAUAAAUGCGACAAGUACAUCGAUCAAGCGAGCAAACUUACAACCGUCGCCGAUUGGGCUCAACAAAGUGGCAUGGGCACGGGAUUCGUAACCACGACUCGGGUCACCCAUGCCACUCCGGCAGGAUUGUACGCUCACGUGAACAAUCGCGACUGGGAAUGCGACACCUCGAUACCGAAACAAUACAAGGAUUGCGUGAAGGAUAUAGGAAGACAGUUGAUGGAGGAUGAACCGGGAAACAAGUUUCAGGUAAUAAUGGGCGGUGGAGCGCAACACUUAGGUUUACCUAUGGAACCGAUAGAUCCCGAUACGUGCGUCAGGGGAGAUGGGAAAAAUUUGGUGGAAUAUUGGGAGGGAAACAACCCUGACGGGAAAGUGGUAACCAACACCGAACAACUCUUCUCCGUCGAUAUCGCCAACACGUCGAAAAUUCUCGGAAUCUUCGCCACCAAUCACCUCCCCUACCACGCCGUCAAAACCGAAAAUACGCCAAGUUUGGCCAAUAUGACCAAACAAGCUAUCAAAUUGCUCCGGAAGAACGACAAUGGUUUCCUUCUGAUGGUCGAGAGCGGAAGAAUAGACAUGGCCCACCAUCACAAUUACGCAAAGUUAGCAUUGCGAGAGUUAUCGGAACUCGAGGAGGCGAUAUUGGCCGCCCUUCAACUGGUCAAGUUGGAAGAAACAUUGGUGAUCGUGACUGCCGACCAUUCCCACGCGUUCACCAUUAACGGUUACCCGAAGAGAGGGAACGACAUCCUCGGUUUCGCCAACGAUCCAGCCAAGCCGAACGUGCCUGCCUACGAGACGCUCAGUUACAUCAACGGUCCAGGCUUCUUCUAUCAUCGACGAAACGACAGCAGCAACGUUAACGAAACGUGGAGGCCCGUCGAUCUGGAUCAGACGCGCAAUGAUCCCUACUACACUCAAAUGGCUGGGAUAUAUUUGGAGGACGAGACGCACGGAGGCGAAGAUGUCGGAGUUUACGCGAUAGGUCCGUAUUCCCACUUGAUUCGCGGUACUUUUGAACAAAAUUAUAUCGCCCACGUAGUGGCGUAUGCGGCGUGCUUCAAAGACUGGCCUUCCCAUUGUGACAACGUUUACAAUCGUUACUUCUACCAACUGACCAACUCGGUGAAUCGUAAUACCGAUUCAUCCAUUGUAUCUCUCUUGAUGUUGCUGCUUCUCUCGACGCUGGUCAAUCGCUACGGUUUGGAAAGCGAUUUAACAAGAAUGAACCAUGCUAAUAUAGGAAUGAAAGUAUACGGAAAUAAUUUAUUAAAUAUAAGGCACAGAAAAUCAGAAAAGAAACUUCACAUGAACGAAAUGGUGGGUUUGGAUAGUGAUGAAUCGCUUCGAUCGAAUGUAUCUGAUAUUAUUAUGGAAGUGGAAAUGAAAACUGAUGAAGAAACGGAAAGCGAGGAAGAACAUAAACAACGACUUAUACCAUCUUCGAUUGAUCGUCGAUGUAUAAACGAUAAUGCUAAAAAAUCGGUUACCCGAGACAAUCAAUUUAGACAAUUUGAAGAUGAAAAUGUUUGGUUUAUGUCUAUACAAAUGUUCGUGCCUUUUUUGUUAGCUGGUUUCGGCAUGGUAGCUGCCAGUAUGUUGCUGGAUGUUGUACAACAUUGGCCCGUAUAUCAAACAGUAUCUGAAGUUUACAUAUUAGUACCAGCAUUGCUCGGCUUAAAAGGAAAUUUAGAAAUGACAUUAGCCUCUCGAUUUUCCACCCAUGUAAAUCUUGGACACAUGGAUACAAGGAAACAGCAAUGGGCUUUGAUCGUUGGAAAUCUUGCUUUGAUACAAUGUCAAGCAACCGUAGUAGGCUUACUGGCUUCUUUGGCUGCUAUAGUACUCGGUUGGAUUCCAGAGGCGCAAUUCGAUAUUUAUCAUGCAUUUCUAUUAUGUGCCAGUGCCUUAGUUACUGCAUCUAUAGCAAGUUUUUUAUUAAGUUUGGUGAUGGUCGCAGUUAUAUUAUUGUCCAAACAGAUAAACAUCGAUCCAGAUAAUAUAGCCACGCCAAUUGCAGCUUCUCUCGGUGAUUUAACCACUUUAAUGCUUCUUUCAGGAAUAGCAUCUCUUCUUUAUAGAGCAUCAGAAUAUGCACCAUGGAUAGCACCUGUGUUGAUAACAUUUCACAUUAUCGUCACACCAAUUUGGUACUAUAUAGCAGCUAGAAAUCCAUUUACCAGAGAAAUAUUAGAUUAUGGCUGGGCGCCUGUAAUAUGUGCAAUGUUAAUUAGCAGCGUGGGUGGUUUAAUAUUAGAUUACACCGUAUCCAAUUACAAAGGUGUAGCUGUAUUUCAACUCGUAAUAAACGGUGUUGGCGGUAACUUGGCCGCCGUUCAAGCCAGUAGAAUAUCAACGUCCUUACAUAAAGAUGGACGACGAUCCAAUAACCAAGAAAUACUUGUCGUCCGUUUCAAUCCAUUUCAUAUUUUUUGUGCAAAAGGCGGGCAUGCAAGGACUGCUAGAGUUUUAUUAACAAUGGUGAUACCAGGCCAUUUAAUAUUUGGCUACACCAUCAGUUAUCUUCAAGCUGGUCAUACUUCUUUUACACUUAUAUUUCUUAUUGUUUAUUUAAGCGCCGCUUUAAUACAGGUAAUAUUAUUGUUAUAUAUCACACAAUUAAUGGUCGUAUGGAUGUGGAGACGAGGAAUGGAUCCAGAUAGUUCUGCCAUACCAUAUCUAACAGCAGCGGGUGAUUUGAUAGGAACAGCUCUAUUAGGAAUCGCAUUUCAUUUGCUUUACGCAAUUGGAGAUGGAGAUUCUGAUGUUGGAGACUGAUGGGAUUUUAAAUCUAAAGUUAGAACGAAUAUGUAUAAAAAAAAAAAGAACAACGAGCAUAACGUUAUUCAUUGAUACUAUAUUGCGCGAUAUUUGAUCAAAUAUCGAGAUAUUUCGUGCUAUUUCUAUCCUUGUAAAUUACGUUUUUGAAACGAAUAGAUAUUAUUCACUUUUCUUUUUCUUUUUUUUUUCUUUCUUUUUUUUUUUUUUUCUUUUUUCUUCAACGUUACAUCUUUAUAAUGUUUUCCUCGUUUUUCUUCGGUUAAUUUUCCAUUGUACAGUCUUGCGUGCGUGCGUGCGUGCGCGCAUAUAUGUGUGUACAUAUUGAUUUGAAAAAUGCAAAUCUAAAGAAAAAUAGAUUUACGGUGACGAGUAAAGUAAUUAUAAGAUUUUGAAACAAAUUUUAAAAUUGUUUCAACAUCGAUCAAGUAUUAUAAUUUGCAAUAUAUCGCUGAAAUUUACAUAUAUAAUUUUUAAAUGUCCAUGCGUGUACAAAAAAUAUAUAAUAACGAAUAUAAUAUUCAUUUCAAUUGUUAAAUUUGAAACGAAUACAUGUCCCGCAUAUCGUAUAUAACGAAACAUGCUCAAAUAUUUUGUACCAAAUAAUGUACUUAUGCGAAUUGAAAUAAAUUCGACUUAUAGAUACA